AUCAAGGCAGCUUUGAACGGAGCGUCGCUAGGCUUGGCACGCAAUUGGAAAUCGAUCGCCAUUUUAUUGAGUUGCUCAGUUUGCAAGUGCGUCGGAAGGAGCCGGUACUCCUGAGUGUGUGCGAGAUCGUUGGGUACCUGCGAGCGUGAUCGGUAACGAGUGUAUGUCGUGUGACUGAGCAGUUGACAUUUGAGGACAAGUCGGAUGAGUUCCUAUCUGCAAGUGGCGGAGGACGAAGGGGAGGAGCCGAUCGAGCUGCCUUCCGAAGACGACGGCACCCUCCUCCUCUCCACGCUCGCUGCACAAUUUCCUGGCACCUGCGGCCUCAAGUACAGGAAUCCGGAGUCGAAGGGGAUCCGCGGCGUCCGGCUCAGCGACGGCAGGCUGCAUCCACCAGACGAAGGAUGGGGCCAGAACAUCUAUUAUUGCGUUUUCCCUAAAGAAAAUAAAAGGAAGUCCGACGACCAUCUGGAAAAUUCAACUGCUAAAACAAAGCGAAUGGAAUUAAAAACCAAAUGCUCCGACCUCAUCAUUUUGGGUCUCCCUUGGAAGACAACCGAGCAACAGCUUCGUGAAUAUUUCGAGUCUUUUGGCGAAGUUCUAAUGGCUCAAGUUAAAAAAGAUCCAAAGACAGGACAGUCAAAAGGUUUUGGAUUCAUCAGAUUUGCAAAUCACGAAUCUCAGAUUCGUGUGAUGACUCAGAGACAUCUCAUUGACGGGAGAUGGUGCGAUGUGAAAGUGCCAAACUCAAAGGAAGGCACACAACAGCAGGUGCCUUGCAAAGUGUUUGUCGGUCGUUGCACUGAAGAUAUAUCGGCUGAAGAUCUGAGGGAGUAUUUCUCUAAAUACGGUGAAGUCACUGACGUUUUUAUACCGAAACCUUUCAGGGCAUUUGCUUUUGUAACUUUUCUCGAUCCUGAGAUUGCACAAAUGUUAUGCGGGGAAGAUCAUAUCAUCAAACAGACUUCUGUACAUGUAUCGGAAGCAUCUCCGAAAACAGAUUUUCACAAUCGUGGCUAUGGACCCAAUCAAGGAGGGAUGCAGCGAGGCGGUGGACGCGGUGAGCAAAAGGGGGGUUACGCAGGAGGCUAUGUUGCAGGUGGCAAUGGAGCACAUGUUUACCAUCCUCAGCAACACAGUGGUGGUGGUAACAUGCAAGGAGGCCACGGCCCUUGGGGCCAAGGAGGCAACAGAGGCAAUUUAGACAUGCCGAAUUUACAGACACUCGGUAUAACUGGCCAGGGGGGAGCAGGUGGACAAGGAGCUGGCCAAAACUUAACCAACCCUCUUGGAUUGGGUUUGAAUCUGGGAGCAUUGCCCGUGAAUCCGGCCUUAGUCGCCGCUGCUCUGAAUCAAGCUGGAUGGGGGGGCCUCAUCGGGAAUCUUCAAGGUAACCAAGGGACUCCGAAUCCCGAUGGUGGAGGACCCCCAGGUCAAUACCCCAACUCUGGAGGGUUCGGAGGCGGAGGACCUCCUCCGCAAGCUCCGCCACAGGCUGGUGGAGGUUUCCUUAAUUGGAUCAAUCAAGGAGGCGGUGGCGGUGGUGUUGGAGGAAGUGGAGGAGACCAAGGGAACAACGGUCCCCAACAACAAGGCUCUUGGCAACAGAGGCCGGAUAAAUCACAAAACUUCAAGCUCAAAAACGAACAUCAGAAGAAUGGUUUGAUGUACUAAAAGUUUUAUCACCAGAAGGUGUACUUGUUUUUUACCUCAUUUCGACCAUAGACAAAAUACCAGCUUCCAUGGAUUGGAUAAUAGAUAUUUUAAUAAAACCUAUGUUUACAA